AUGGCAUCAGUCGCAGAUGAUCCUCGAGAACGGCAGCCUCUGCUGGGCUCGCCCAGCGCUACGACACAGAAGCAGGAGGCUCACUUUGCCCGCAAUCUGAUUACGGGUCAGUGUCGGACACUUGGGUUGAGGCGGGGAUCUGGAUGGCGGCUGGCUGCUCUCGUCUGGUCCAACGUCUUGGCCUUGCCCCUCGCGCUCUUCACGGGACAUCCCCUGCUGGCCAGCACGGCCCUCCUCCUGCAAGUCCAGGCAGCUCUCAUCCUUCAACCAACCGCCACUCCCGACCAGAAAGUGCUCGGCACUCGCAUCCACUACACCAUCCAACUGCUCAGCAUCCUGUGCUUCUUGAGUGCCUUCACCGUCAUCGAAAUAAACAAAGGCGACCACCCUCACUUCGUGUCUCCACACGGUAUCCUCGGUCUGACCACGAUCAUCUUGGUGGUCCUCCAGGCCUCUUUCGGGGUGAUCCAGUUCUUCUUCCCCGUCCCGAUACUCGGCAGUGUCGACGCUGGCAAGCGAGUCUACAAAUAUCAUCGCUGGACUGGAUAUGUUCUGCUACUGCUGGAGGUUUCGACUGUCCUGGCGGCGACCCAGACACCGUACAACCUGAAUGCCAUUCACAUUUCCACAUGGGGUGUUGCCAUCGCGGUCAUUCUGAUCUUGUUAGGUGUGGGCACUAGAAUCAGGAAAGGUAAAUUGGGACUGGGUGAUGCUUGA